AUGAAAAGAGCCGCCUUAACCGCCCAGAAGGGCUCCCGAAAGGGCCAAGUCUGUCAAUUAUGCCAAUUCUCGACCUCAACGCCCAAGCGCGGCCUUCCUAUUGCGCGUCCACCUUUUGUCCAGACUCGGACCCCCAUCUCCAACCUCCGCACACAGCCUCUAAAGAGACUUGAUACAUUGCCAUCACAAUCUGUGCUGGUCGCGCGCCGAUUCGCCUCUUCGGCCUCCGAUGCAAGCCCAGAUGCAGCGCUCAAAGACAUCGCACGAGACGCAGCUACACUGCACGAAUCGAAUACCGUAGCGUCUAAUGAAGUGGUGGUCAAGUUGCUACGAAGAUGCCAACGGGUCGCAGAACUUCUAGUUUCGCGUGAACGAGAUCAAACCGAGGGGUCCUCGGGCGACGAAAGCAACGCGAUCUCCUCCUUGUUGGACCUGGAGGAAACUGCCGCAAAGGGCAAAGGACAACCGCAAUCCUCACAAACCCUGGAUCCGCGACUCGCAGAGUCAGUCUCGGAAAUUGCUAUCGCUAUCUUGAAGGAUGAAAAGGUCUUCAUCUCGCCUGAGGCCCUGGAAUCUUUCACCGAGACCCUGACCCUCUUGCGCCGCGCCGAGCAUUUCCCGGAGAUAUUCCACCUAUAUGCCAACAAGCCUGUGCCAGAGGAGAACAGCUCACCGGUCAAGUUACUCAAGCCCAAUCCCAAGAGCGUCAACAGUGCUGUCCCGGCCGAGUUGGCUAAUAAGGCCCUCGGUAUUGCCAUUGAGCAGAAGAACCUCCCGCUCGUACUGGCUAUUAUUGACAACACCUUCUGCGCCCCUGCCUUCCACCGUGCGAAGAUCUUCAAGAAAGCCGGUGUUCCGCUAGUCGGUCUUGCGGCUGCACCGGCUGCUUGCUAUGCUGUCGCAUCGUGGGCUGCUACCUUCCAGAACACAAUGGACCCCAAUGUAGCAACUGGAAUCGCGUUCGCUGCAACUCUCGCUUACGUUGGUGGCACGUCAUCUAUGGGUAUCUUGGCCAUCACUACCGCCAAUGAUCAGAUGGAGCGUGUGGUAUGGAUCCCUGGUAUCCCGCUCCGUCAACGAUGGUUGCGUGAGGAAGAGCGCGCAGCUAUGGAUAGAGUUGCUGUUGCCUGGGGUUUCAAGGAUCCUUAUAUGAGAGGCGAGGAAGUCGGAGAGGAAUGGGCCAGUCUUCGGGAGUUUAUUGGCAUGCGAGGCAUGAUCUUGGAUAAAACCGAGCUGAUGGCGGGUAUGGAGUGA